GUACUCCUACUUGCAGCUUUUUCGAACGACGGAAGAUUUUUCAUCUGCAGUCUGCUCUGGUUUGUUUCACAUGGUACGAUGAUCACCAGUUGCACCAGAAGCACAUAAAUAUCGGAAUCUCCAUUGGAGAUUGUAUCGAUCAAAAGCAAGGAAGAAGAAGGAAACAUUUGAAUACUAUGCUCCAGCUGCACCCGUCACUUCGCACGAGCGCCACCAUCCCGCGCACGAAAAGGUGGGGUGGUUGCGGCGCGCAAACAAACCCCCCACAUCAACAACACCACCAUCCCAGCCAAGAGCAAUUCUAUAACCCCUAUCCCAUCCCAAUCGCAAUCCCAACUGCCAUUCAAAUCCACCCUUCGCUCCGCUCGGUACCGAACGCCAAAAUGCCGCCACCCCCCACGGCGGACGAAUCGCCCUACUCCCGCGCUCUUGCCGCCAUCGAUGCCGCCCAUGCCCUCGACCCCAACAAGACAACAUCGCCCGACAGCCAAGAAGAAAUCCCCUACGAACUGCACUACGCACAGAAAUGCACAGCCUACCUCGACCAGCAUACCCCCACCGCCUCGCCCGCCCUCCGCCUCGCAAUCCGCGCACAGCACUUUCGCCGCUGGGAAGUCCCACGCUCCUCGUACCCAAUGACGCGCAUCGGAUACCACGCAUGGCGGACGUUUCUCAAGAAGCGGCAAGCCGAGCUCGUCAAGGCCAUCUGCAUUGACGCAGGGUACGAUGAGGCGACGGCCGAGCGGGUGGGCGCUCUGAUACGCAAAGAGGGACUGCGCGAGGAGGACGAGGAGACGGUUGUGCUGGAGGAUGUUGCAUGUCUAGUGUUUCUGGAUGAUCAGUUCGACAAGUUCCAAAAGGAACUUGCGGACGAGGAGAAGAUAUUGGGAAUUCUGAGGAAGACGUGGGGCAAGAUGGGGGAGAGGGGGAGGGAAAUGGCACUCGAGAUGGAGAUGCAGGGAAGAAGUCGUGAGUUGGUUGAGAAAGCUUUGGCCGGGUAA